CUGACCCUCUGUCCCAACAGGUGCCCCUCCAGACACCAGACAUGUCCUGCUAUGACCAGUGCCUGCCCCGCCUGCAAUGCCAGCCCUGCGGCCCAACCCCGCUGGCCAACAGCUGCAAUGAGCCCUGCGUCAGGCAGUGCCAGGACUCCCACGUUGUCAUCCAGCCCUCUCCCGUGGUGGUGACCCUGCCCGGACCCAUCCUCAGCUCCUUCCCGCAGAACACCGCCGUGGGAUCCUCCACCUCCGCUGCCGUUGGCAGCAUCCUCAGCUCUGAGGGUGUGCCCAUCUCCUCUGGAGGCUUUGGCCUCUCUGGCUUUGGCAGCCGCUUCUGCGGCAGGCGGUGUUUCCCCUGCUAGAUCUGUUGCCAUGGUCCCGGAGAAACACCUCCAGAGUCUGUGAAGUUUGAAGCAGACCUGAGAGAGAGCACUGGGGCCAAUCUCAUCUCUCAGAAAAUGUGUUCCAUGAGUUGUUUUCCCCUCUUCCAUCAUUUUUUUAAAAUUUUUUCCUGUGUCCUUCCUGCUCACCAUCAGCUUUCCUGUACUGUGAGUCCCACCAAAUCAGCCUUAGAGAGGACCGACUAGCCCUGUGCUGCGUGUACAGAGGGCAGAUAUACAGCUGGAGGCAUGGCUGCCAUGGCCAUGUUGUGCGGACUCUCUGCCCCUGGUGCUUCUGGCACCUGGGCCUCCCCUUGCACUGAGCUUGUUUCCAA